AUGACGGAUAUUGAAGAUCUCGCAACUCUUGCCGCACAGUUUGAUCACCGGAAUGUUCGCGCUCCAAGUUCUUUGGAAGAGGUGGUUAGCUCUGGAAACUGCAUGGGGUGUGGCCUUUGCGAAAGCAUCGCCGGCUCCGAGUUCCUGGAAAUGAAGGUCUUGCCACCGAAGCAGCGAAUGAGACCAGUCUUCCACAAGGCCUUGACACCAGAGAUUGCAGCCAAGGCUUUGGCCGCAUGUCCAGGCGCCCAGGUGGGUGGCAUACCAGGCACGCGAGCAAGCUCGCCAUACCAAGCGAGUGGCGAAGUUGCGGUUCGCGCCCGGACAGGUUGGACACCUUCCACCGGGUUAGAAGCCUUUGUCGGAAAGGUGGUCUCCAUUCAAAAGGGCUAUGCUUCUGAUCCAGAGACUCGCUUCAAGGCGGCAGCUGCCGGCGGGCUCACGACUCUGGCGUCGCAUUUGAUCGACUCCAAGCAGGUGGAUUUCGUGGUCCAUGUGAAGGCCUGUGCUCUCUACAGCGAUGUCUCCACCCAGGGCUCCAAGCUCAGCUUCAGCAGCGCAGAGGUCUUCGAGGGCAAAGGCUCACGAUAUGGACCCGUCGCACCGUUGAAAUCCUUGGAGGAUGCCUUAAAGCUAAACCGCCCCUUUGCUGUCGUGGCAAAGCCCUGUGACAUCAACGCGGUGCGCAACAUGGCAAAGGUCGAUGCUCGAGUGGACCAGCUUUGCAAGUGUUUGAUGACACUGUCCUGCGGAACCUAUGCUGACAAUGUUUGCUUGGACAAGUUCCUGACUCACCAUGACAUGAAGCAUUCUGAGGUUGAGGAGUUCCGAUGGCGCGGCCAUGGCUGCCCGGGCGAUUGUCCCUACGUCCGAACCAGUGAUGGCCGUGAAGCUGCCUAUGAUUAUGUCGACUUUUGGUUCGAGAACGGCAAGGAAUCAGGCCCGUUGACAUAUCAGUGGCGCUGCAAGAUGUGCUCGGACUUCAUCGGUUACCAGGCGGACGUGGUGGUCAUGGAUUGUUGGCCGAAGGGCGCCCCGGAGCGGCGGAAGGAGAUCACCGACGCGCGGAAGCACGAAUGGGACGGCUGGGUACUUGUCAUCGCCCGCAGCGAGCGUGGCCAAGCAGUGGUGGACUCUGCUAAGGACGCCGGUGUUUUGACUCUGGGUCCAGCAGAGGGUCGCGAAGUGCUAGAGACUCAGCCCCACCAAGCGCGGCGAGCCGCCUCGCAGCUCAUCCGCCGCAUGGCGCAUGGGUCGAAGUAUCCCUUGACGCAGCUGGAGCCCAACGCGGCGAUGCGGGUCGCCAAAUGGGCACUGGAUGCAGAUUUCGUGGAUGAGGUCAUGAACACAGGGGCACCGGCCCCAACGAUCCCGGACUGCGCGGAGCAGCUCCGCAGCAUUCUUCCAGCCGGGGAAGCCUGGGCCGAGGCCAUUUUGAAGAUGCCGGAUCGUCACAUUGCGUAUCACCUCGACAACUACAAAGGCACCCUGCGUCGAUUGGAACGUGGUGAUGCAAAUGAGACAUACGCUUGA